AACGAAAAAAGACACCCAUUUCAUUUUCACACGCUCUACUCAGUUAUCUCUUCUCUCUCUCUCUGUCAGAUCUGCUUCUGCUGAAACCACCUCUCUCUUUUCCCACUCACUCGUUGAACAAGUUGUGAUUUUUACACGAUGCAUAGACGGGUGAAGGAGAACCCUGAAGUGGGUGUGAGCGUAUUGUGAGUAAAUGCAAAUGGGAGUGUGUCAUUGUUAGCAGGUUUGUUGAGGGGUGAAGAACAUGUCAGAUAUGCGAGUGUCUGAUCCAAGUAAGCUCCAUUUGAAGAAGGAGCUGACCCAAAUCAGGAAGGCUGCAAGAGUACUGAGAGAUCCUGGCACCACUUCUUCUUGGAAGUCACCACUCAGUUCCUCAAGAUCCGUUGCUGCAUGGAACAGAGACAGUGCCAGCAGAAGGUUCACUCCCAACUCUCAACUCCAUUCACUUCCCAACAACAAUGACAAAGAUAAGGAGAAGAGGGUCUUCUUGUGCAAUUGGAAGAACUACAAAUCCUCCAGUGAGAAACACAACGAGGAGGAGGAGGAGGAAGAAGAAGAAGAUGAUGGUGGUGGAUCGUCGUCGCUUCUCGGGGACAGAGAGAGCUUGAGCGAUGCUCGCAAUGGUUGCGAUUCAAAAAGUGAUACUUACUUAGGUGGUGGCACUCGUUCUUCCAUUUUCCGAUGUGGAGAUGCGAAUCUUGUUUCCUUGGGCACACCCGCAGCUAGAAGGACAGCCCCGGUUAAGAAGAAGAGUAAGAAAAGCAACCCCCAUUUUGAUAUUUUAGCAAAGUAUCAACACCAUAGGCAUAGAUUAGGUAGAAAUUUUGUCAACUCCAGCUCCAAGGCGUUGUUGGAGGGGCAUCCCUCCAUUUCGAUGCCUUUUUUUGGCAGGGAUGACUCUGUUGAACAUUCUGAUGAUACUGAAGAUUACUGUAAUUCUGAGGAUGUGAGACCGGUUUCUGGGACUUCCCCUUUGCUUCUGAAACUCAAAAAUAAGAAUUGGUCUCGUUCUUCCUCCAAGUUUAUGAGGAGAAGCCGAAAAGAGGACUCUUCUUAUUCUUAUAGCACCCCUGCAUUGUCAACCAGUUCUUACAAUAGGUACGGUCACAGGUAUCCAAGCACUGUUGGAUCCUGGGAUGGCACCACCACCUCAGUGAAUGAUGGUGAUGAUGAGAUUGAUGAUCAUUUGGAUUUGCCUGGCCGCCAAGGAUGCGGAAUUCCUUGCUAUUGGUCCAAGAGAACGCCCAAACAUAGAGGAAUGUGUGGGAGUUGUUAUUCUCCUUCACUGUCGGACACUUUGAGGAGGAAAGGAAGCAGCAUUCUCUGUGGCAGUCAAACUAUUUAUCCGGGACAUCGCAGAUCCACCUCUGCCUCCCAUAACCGGAGACUUUCUUUGAGGAGUGCUCGAGGUGUUAUACCAUUGCUCACUAACAGUGGUGAUGUUAGAGAAGGGUCGUCUAUGGGAACUGGUAGAAGUGAUGAUGAACUUUCCACAAACUUUGGGGAGCUUGAUCUUGAGGGAUUGAGCCGGUUGGAUGGAAGAAGGUGGUCGUCAAGUUGUAGGAGUCAAGAGGGACUGGAGAUUGUAGCUCUUAAUGGGGAAGGAGAAGGGGAAGAUGAAGGCACACCAGAAAAUAGUCGAAGUUUCAGCCAGAAGUAUAAGCCUAUGAUUUUUGGUGAACUGAUUGGACAGAAUAUUGUGGUUCAGUCUCUUAUCAACGCUGUUUCGAGGGGACGAAUUGCUCCCGUCUAUCUUUUUCAAGGUCCCCGUGGGACUGGUAAAUCAUCAACAGCAAGGAUAUUUGCUGCUGCCCUGAAUUGUGUGAGUCCUGAUGAGAGGAAGCCUUGUGGCUACUGCAGGGAGUGUGCUGAUUUCAUUUCUGGUAAGAGCAGUGAUCUGCUGGAAGUUGAUGGAACCAAUAAGAAAGGAAUUGAUAAAGCUAGAUAUCUACUGAAAAGAUUUUCAGCUGGGCCAUCAUCAGUCUCCUCACGAUAUACAGUUUUUGUUAUUGAUGAGUGCCACUUGUUGCCCUCCAAGACGUGGCUGGGAUUUCUCAAAUUUCUGGAAGAACCACCUCAGCGAGUUGUAUUCAUAUUCAUAACAUCUGAUCUUGACAAUGUGCCACGAACAAUACAAUCUCGAUGCCAGAAAUACCUCUUUAAUAAAAUUAAAGAUGGGGAUAUUGUGACCAGGUUGAGGAAAAUAUCUACUCAUGAGAACCUGGAUGUUGAAGCAGAUGCACUGGACCUCAUUGCUAUGAAUGCGGACGGUUCACUUCGAGAUGCAGAAACAAUGUUGGAACAGCUUGGUUUGCUGGGGAAAAGAAUUACUACUGCUCUUGUCAAUGAACUUGUUGGAGUUGUUUCAGAUGAAAAAUUAUUGGAACUUUUGGAGUUAGCAAUGUCAUCAGACACUGUAGAGACAGUGAAAAGAGCCAGAGAACUGAUGGACUCUGGAGUUGAUCCAAUGGUUUUGAUGUCUCAACUAGCCGGCCUUAUUAUGGACAUAAUUGCUGGGUCAUAUACAGUCAUUGAUGCCAAACCUGAUGAUUCAUUCUUUGGUGGACGGAGUUUGAAUGAAUCAGAAUUGGAGAGGUUAAAGAAUGCUUUGAAGCUUCUCUCAGAAGCUGAGAAGCAGAUAAGGACAUCCAGUGAACGCUCAACAUGGUUCACUGCUACUCUGUUACAGCUUGGUUCUAUACCUUCUCCUGAUCUUACUCAAUCGGGCAGCAGCAGGAGGCAGAGCUGCAAGACAACUGAGGAUGAUCCAUCAAGUGCUUCAAGAGAUGUUACUUCUUGCAAGCACAAGUCAGAUGUUCAAUAUAUGCCUCGAAAGUCAACAUACACUGCAUCCCAGCAAAAGAUGGUAAAUGACAAUUCCAGCCAUCAAAAGGAUAUGUCCUCAAAGAUUGAUGGUUUCAGCUUGAAAUCCAAGCCAGUUAUAGAUGAUGGCUCCACAGUGGUCUCAUCUGAUGAUCAUAUGGUUGGGAAUACAAUGUUUAGAUGCAUAGAUUCAGGGAAGUUAAGUGAAAUCUGGGUGCACUGUAUUGGGAGAUGUCACUCUAAGACAUUGAAGCAGCUGCUACACAGCCAUGGAAAGCUUGUGUCCGUAUGUGAAGUAGAAGGUAUUUUGGUAGCCUAUGUUGCUUUCAGAGACGCAGAUAUUAAAGUUAGGGCUGAGAGGUUCUUAAGAAGCAUUACAAAUUCCAUGGAAAUGGUUCUUAGACGCAAUGUGGAGGUCAGAAUAAUACACUUGCCAGAUGGUGAAGGUGAAAAUCAGGUAAAUCUACUGGGCCAAAAGCAGGCAGAGUCAACCAUGGCAGGUGAAAAGGAACAAAGAGGUGGUCAUAUGAAUGGAACAGAGUCUUAUUCUAGUCUGCCUCCUUUACUGGAUGGAAAUCUUCAAUCUACCUCCGGUUCAUCAGAUAUUCUGGCAGAAGGAAAUGGUGUGAGGGAGAGGAGACAUGAUAAUCCAAUGCAGAGAAUUGAAUCCAUCAUUCGUGAGCAGAGGCUGGAAACUGCCUGGUUACAGGCUGUAGAAAAAGGUUCCCCUGGAUCAUUAAGUCGUUUGAGACCGGAGAAGAAUCAAGUCCUGCCGCAGGAUGGUGUGUAUUGUGUAAACCAAAUGGAGUCCAUGGAUUCAACAAGAUUUUCCUCUCACCAGCAUUGGGAAGAUGACCCGAAUAAUGAAGUCAAAGUUUUGAGUGUUAAAAAUGGAAGGGUCCUACAGAAGGAUCAGAUUGGUAAAAGGGCAGAUUGUUAUCCCAUGUCCCCAAGUUUAUUGCAUGACAGCAGUUUAGCAACAAUUUCUGUAAAAGACAAUCUGGGAUAUGAAUCGGGGUCGGGAGCUGGAGGUUGUGGAUUUUUAUGUUGGAAUAAGUCGAAGCCAAGAAGGAUAAUAAAGGUAAAAGGGGGCACCCCAGUUAGAGGGCGUAAAGUUGGGCGUUUUGCAUUGUUUGGUGAGUGCGGUAAGCCUAAGAAAAAGGAGCGGAGAAGAUAAGGAGGGAUUAAGGACCUUCAUCCAAUAUAUAUUUUCUUUUUUCUUUUCUUUUUUUUUUCCAAAAAUUUUCCUACUUUUCUUUCUUUCUCUGAGCUAUUCUUGAAGGAUGCGAGUGUGAAAUGUGAAGGUUAUGUGGUUCAGCUUCUGUGUUCCCUUUGCUCCAUCCUUUAUUUAAAGAACUAAUAAAGAGAAACAUUGAAACCUUCC